UAAACAAUAAACAUCCCAAUUAAUUAUUUUCCCAAACAAUUAGAAGCCGAAGAACACAUAAUAAUUCUUCCAACGAUCUUACAUUUUUAGGUUUUUCAUCUUCACUAGCCGCCAUUGAAGCCGAUUCACGGAUUCCGUUUGCUCUUUACUGUUUCAUUACAGGCGAAAAGAGGUCAAGAUAAUCACACUAUUCUCCAUCAAAGUUUGAAGCUUUAUCAAAUUCAUUUCUUCACUUCAUCACUUCAUUUGUAGAUCUUGCAAGGUGAUCAAGACAUACACACAUGCGAUGAAAAAGCCGAUGAAGCUUCAGUUAUUAUCAUUAACCACUUUCAUCCUCCUACUAUACAAUUUUCAUGUCAUAACUGCUGAUCUGGAUUUAAAUUCUGAUGCUCAAUCACUUCUUAAAUUCUCUUCGUCGGUACUUCACCUUAGAAAACUCAACUGGAAUUCGUCGAACCCGGUUUGCACUUCAUGGGUGGGUAUCAAAUGCAACGAUGACGGUACACGAGUAAUUGCCAUUCAUCUCCCGGGAGUUGGACUUUUCGGUCAAAUCCCGCUUAACACAAUAGGACAGCUAGAUAAGCUCAAAGUUCUUAGCCUAAGAUCCAAUUUGCUAAGUGGGACCCUUCCGUUAGAUAUACUAUCUAUUCCUACUCUUCAAUCUGUUUACCUUCAACACAAUAAUUUAUCCGGUGAACUUCCUACUUUACCCCCUCAGGUUACGGUAUUAGACCUCUCUUUCAACUCGUUUACUGGUAACAUUCUUGAAAAAACAAAGAACUUGACCCGACUCACUUCGUUAAACCUCGAAUUCAAUUCGUUUUCCGGAAACAUCACCGAGCUUAACCUCACUAGGCUUCGGGUUUUCAACGUUAGUCAUAACAUACUAAACGGGUCAAUCCCAGUUUCCCUCCAAAAGUUCCCGGUCUCUUCAUUCGAAGGGAAUUCGUUAUGCGGGCCCCCUAUGAGUCAAUGUUCAUCUUUGAAUUCUGAUAUCCCACCCGUGCCGGUGAACUCAAAGAAACACAAGAGACUGAGCACCGGUGCUAUUGUCGGCAUUGCUGUUGGAGGCUUCUUCAUCCUACUUUUACUUGCAUGGUUCUUGUUCUCUUGUUGCUUGAAAACAAAAAAAGAAGAUUCUGUUGGUGAGUUGAAAGUCCAGGCUGUCACUCCCGGGAAAAACGAGAAAUCGGACGAUUUCGGAAGCGGGGUGCAAGCAGCCGAGAAAAACAAGUUGGUUUUCUUUGAAGGAAGUGUGUAUAAUUUUGAUCUUGAAGAUUUACUGAGGGCUUCGGCUGAAGUUCUUGGAAAAGGGAGUUACGGGACCGCGUAUAAGGCUAUAUUAGACGAAGAAACGACUGUCGUGGUGAAACGUAUACGCGAAGUUGGUGUUCCUAAGAAAGAUUUUGAGCAGCAUAUGGAAUUUGUCGGGCGGCUUGGAAGGCAUCCUAACAUUGUGCCGUUAUGUGCUUAUUAUUAUUCGAAAGAUGAAAAGCUUCUUGUUUAUGAGUAUAUGCACACCGGUAGCCUCUCGUCACUCUUGCAUGGUAACAGAGGAAUAGGAAGAACUCCAUUAGAUUGGGAUUCACGAGUGAAGAUAACACUCGAAGCCGCAAAAGGAAUUGCUCAUAUUCACUCAGAAGGCGGCGCUAAGUUCUCGCACGGUAACAUCAAGUCAUCGAAUAUUCUACUCACCCGAGACCUCGACGGCUGCAUAUCGGAUCUGGGCCUAGCCCCAUUGAUGACUGUCCUUCCUACAAAGUCUCGGUGCAUCGGGUACUUCGCACCCGAAGUGCUCGAAUCCCGAAAAUUCACUCACAAAUCAGACGUUUAUAGCUUCGGGGUCCUGAUUUUGGAGAUCUUGACGGGGAAAGCACCGAUACCGUCGUCGGGUCAAGAAGAGGUGGUUGACCUGCCGCGGUGGGUCCGGUCGGUGGUCCGUGAAGAAUGGACCGCGGAGGUGUUUGAUAUGGAGUUAAUGAAGCAAGAACAUGUUGAAGAAGAGAUGGUUCAGAUGCUUCAGAUUGGGCUUGCUUGUGUGACCAAGGUUCCUGAUAUGAGGCCGUCGAUGGAUGAAGUUGUUAAGAUGAUUGCGGAUUUACGGCCGUUGGAUUCUUCUGAUUAUCGACCGUCGUCUGAUGAUAACAGGUCUAAUGUGGUGACUCCAUGAUUGAUUGCUAUGUUUGAUGGGUGUUGUUUAAAGUUAUUCAAGAAAACAUUGCAUUGCAUUUGAUUCAUCUUAUUUAAAUGCAGUAUAAGAAACAUCGUAUUUAAAUGCUUUUUAUUUUUGUUAGUUUCAGUUUUGUGUUUGGUUUACAGACUCAGGCUUAUUUAUAGUAUUUAUAAUUA